AUGACAGUGUCUAGCAAGCUGCUGGACUCCGCUAUAAGGGGUGGAACCAUUCUUUGCUCCAACUCGGGGUCCCAGGCAGCUUUUCUGCCAUCCUUGCCCCUGUCACUGCCAGCUCAAGAUGCGAAUGUCACCGCCCCACCUAGUUGCUUAGAGCUAGUUUCUCCCCUAGUUCCCCCAGGCACUGACAGGACUUGGCUGUUUUCAUCCUGUGGGCCUGUGGCGGGCAAGGACCCACACAAACAGUGCAACAAGGCACACACCAGCAGCAGAGUGAUGGUGACAGUGGGUACCACGGAACCUCAGAAAGGCAUGCAGUGGAACCAGGGUCGGAGGCGAGCAGCGCGAGGACCAAAGAGCGAGGGCCACGGACUCCGCGCCCGCUUCUGUAGGAUCUCAGCUUACCGACCUGCGGAGGCCGAAGGCUCGGAGAACCACCUGUCGCGGGCGCACGGCGUCUUCCUCUCUGCCGUCUUCUCCCUUGGUCGCGGGGAGCCGCUUUACAUCCUAGCUGGGCAGCAGGGAGAGGACGCCUGUCCCGGAGCGAGCGGAGCGAGUGGGAUGAGGCUCGUCUGCCUCGGAGAAUCUUGGGUCGCUGAGGAGCACGCGGCGACGGAGGGGGCCGCAGGGGUCUCGGGGUCACGGCGCUGGACGCAAGGCGGCAGGGGUGGCAGGGGUGGCGGGGGUGGCGGGAGCCCCGGGCAGGAGGCGGCCCGAGGAGGAGGGCAGGUCCACCUGCGGCGCGGGGACCGAGGCCGGCUUUAGGUCUCACCUGAGAAACUGGAGAACCGCUCGGCGGCGCCCGGGAGCAGCGAGAAAGGCAGCGCCGCAGACGGAGGGGGUGGCUGGACGUCGCGGGGCCCAUUUCCGCAGGCCGGCCGCUCCUCGCAGGAGGGGGCGGAAUGUGGCCGGGGCUGCGCGGAGGCCUGGGGUACGCUGCGCGGGGCCGCACCCGGGAUUCUGCCCCUCCCGACUGGGGGUGAUGCCUCAGAGAGUGAUAUCCUCUGGGUUGAUGGGGAAGAUGGGUUAUCUCUCAUACACCCCUGCCAUGAACCCUACGUAUAGCCUCUGGCAGUCAUGGAGAACCAUGGAGAAGUAGAGAUCCGAUCGCACCUCAGGUCUGGUCAUUGCCUUUUGAAAGACUGCCAAUGGCAGGCAGGGCUCUGGUUAGCCAAAUACCUGCCCACUCUACCAGGCCCUCUGGUUCUGUUGGUGACUGUCAUUGUGACCUCUACACUGAGCCUCCUUAUGGUGUGUGGGGUCCUGAUUCCGGGUAAGGAACAUCCAGGAGGCAUGGCUGAUUCAAAGCUGCCCACCUCUUCACUGAGCUUGAACCAUAAGAAGUGUCAGGGCCUGUGGGGGACAAGGCUGCCAGGCCCUGAGCUUGAGCUGAGCAAUCCUUGAACCUCCAUCAUCAGGACAGCCCUCAACCCCUACUAUUGCUAGGCCGGGUAUGGCUAGGCCCAGCCCUGGCCGCCCCCAGGGCCUACAGAAGUUUCCCCAGGCAAUGUCAGCCUGCUUGCCCUGGGCCAUGGUGCCUUUGGAAAAGUCCAUGAGGAACUGGUAAUUGGCCUUCCUGGGGACCCCAACCCCCUGAGGGUGGCUGUCAAGACCCUGCCAGAACUCUGCUCUGGUCAGGAUGAGCUGAUUUCCUCACGGAGGGCUCACCAUCGGGUGCGCCUAGGGCUAGCAGCCGGGGCGGAGAGUGGGAGCAGAACUCCCUCUCAGGACAGCUACUCUUCACCCUGGGCUGAUGUCUGGAGAGGAUGUAAGGAGUGUCCUGAGGAACAGCCAGCCACACUUGCUAAGACCCUUCUCCCAGCCCACUAA